CGGGGCCCUGCGGGGGGAGAGACGGCCCUGGAAGGAGGAGCGAUGCAAGAGGAGGGAGAGUGAGAGGGCUAGGAUGGAAGAAUCUCAUUUCAACUCCUCUCCGUACUUCUGGCCAGCAGUGCCCACGGUUUCGGGACAGAUUGACAACACCAUGUUUAUUAACAAGAUGAAGGAGCAGCUAUUGCCCACAGAGAAGGGCUGCAGCCUUGCUCCCCCCCACUACCCUGCCUUGCUGACAGUGCCCACCUCAGUGGCCCUUCCCACUGGCAUUGCAAUGGACUCUGACACCAAGCCGGAGCAGCUGACACCACACAGCCAAGCCCCUGUGACUCAGAACAUCACUGUGGUGCCAGUGCAGUCUGCUGGGCUCAUGACAGCAGGUCCUGGUCUCGUGAUAACUUCUCCAUCAGGCUCCCUGGUGACUACAGCCUCCUCUGCACAAACCUUUCCCAUCUCAGCUCCCAUGAUCGUCUCUGCACUACCCCCUGGCUCCCAGGCAGCCCUCCAGGUGGUGCCUGACCUGACCAAGAAGGGGACAACCACCCUCUCCGAAGGUGGGGGGGUGGGGGGGGGGGGGGGAGUUGCCCCCAAACCGCCUCGGGGCCGGAAGAAGAAACGAUUGCAGGAAUCGGGGCUGCCAGAGAUGAGCGACCCCUUUGUGCUAUCAAACGAGGAUGAUGAGGACCAGCACAAGGAUGGCAAGACAUACAGUUCCGUGAGCAGCGGAACUAAUGAAGCCUGGUUUCCAGCGGCUCUCUCCUGUGUGGAUUCUCUGAUGUCUAAUCAAGGGUGCCGGAUGUGUUCGCUGACCUUCUACUCCAAGUCGGAGAUGCAGAUCCACUCCAAGUCCCAUACGGAGACAAAGCCACACAAGUGUCCUCACUGCUCCAAGAGCUUCGCCAACAGCUCCUACCUGGCCCAGCACAUUCGCAUCCACUCAGGGGCCAAGCCCUACACAUGCAGCUACUGCCAGAAGGCCUUCCGCCAGCUCUCCCACCUGCAGCAGCACACACGGAUCCACUCCAAGCUCCACACGGCGAUUGUCAAGCCGCACAAGUGUCCUCACUGCUCCAAGAGCUUCGCCAACACAUCCUACCUGGCCCAGCACCUCCGCAUCCACUCGGGGGCCAAGCCCUACACCUGCCGCUACUGCCAGAAGGCCUUCCGCCAGCUCUCCCACCUGCAGCAGCACACACGUAUCCACACUGGGGACCGACCCUACAAAUGCGCUCACCCUGGUUGUGAAAAGGCUUUCACGCAGCUUUCCAACCUGCAGUCCCACAGACGGCAGCACAACAAAGACAAACCUUUCAAGUGCCACAACUGCCACCGUGCAUACACAGAUGCUGCCUCGCUGGAGGUACACCUGGCUACACACACGGUGAAACAUGCCAAGGUCUAUACCUGCUCCAUCUGCAGCCGGGCCUACACCUCGGAGACGUACCUGAUGAAGCACAUGCGGAAACACAACAUCCCUGAUCCACAGCAGCAGGUGGUUCAGGCCCAAGCCCAGGCCUCUCAGCAGCAGCAGCACUUCCAGCCACAGGGAGGUGGGGCAGCAGGGGGCCCUUCUGGAGACACUAACCAACCCAAUCCUCCCCCUCAGUGCUCCUUUGACCUGACUCCUUACAAGACUUCAGAGCAUCAUAAGGACAUCUGCCUCACUGUCAGCACCAGCGCCAUCCAAGUGGAGCACCUCUCCAGCUCCUAGAGAGACCUCAAGCCAGGGAGCAGAAAGCCUCUUGUGCAUAGCCUGCGCCCAGGGGCACCGCUUGUGUGGUGGCCCUCCUCGUGCAACAGUCUCCGGCCUCUCCUCCUGCAACAGCCUCUUCUGGCCGUGUAACCCUGUUCAUGGCAGCCCCUUGAAUAACAGCCUUUAUCAAGGGGGUGCUCCUUCUGUGCAACGACCUGCCUGGUAGGAGGAUGCUUCCUUGUGCAAGAGCUCCUUUCCUGUGCUGGGAUCACUUCCUCAUGCAAGAGCCCCUCCUUUAAAACCCAAAGAAAGGCCUCUGUUUUGCCUUCUCUCACUGUAGGAUGCGUAUGAAGGGGUGGGGAGGUGUUGAGACAUGCGUGGUGAAUGGAAUGGAGUCCUAGUAUGUACAGGGGCUUGGACAUGCUUUCAGUGGGCCACAGAAGAAUGUGGCAGGGUUCACAACUGGAUGGUUUUUUUGUUUUUUUUUUUUUGAGGAUUUCCUUGAGUGUCUAAGAGGGAAAUAUCCAUUCCUGUUCCUCCUGCUUGUGAAAGGGAGGAGGGGUCGAUUGUUCUGCCCCCAGGACUGGAUGGGAGAAACCUCCCCAGUGGAAAGUGAGACCAGUGUGGGGGAGAGAUGAGGCAUGUUCUCUGGGCUGGACAGGUGCCUGCACUGCCUGGGGGCUAUGGAGUAUUGCACUCUUUCUUCUCCCCUAGUGGAGAGCAAUAGAGAGGAGUCUGUUGGAACUGGCUGCUGCCUCUCCCAGCUAUCUGAGCAGCGUAAUGGCCAAGGCCCCAUAGGAAUGUGGGUUCCUGCUCGUUGCUCUUCCUGCCCGUUGUGGAUGAUGUCCUAGCAGCUUGUACUUCUCUCCCUCCUGCUUCCCCCACCUCCUCAGAAAAGCCUGCAGGCAUCAACAACAAACCAAAAAGCAAUGGAGGGGAGGGUGAGAGACUGCCAAAAUAAUCAUCGCCCUUCUCUCUACUCCCUUUCUCGCAAGGUGGAACAACAGCAGUUCUGACUCACACCCCCCUGUCCUGCCCCGUUUCCUAAAGGGAAGGAGGAGGAGGAGUAGACCAGUCUUUCAAGGAGCCGGCGGGUGAUAGGGAAAGGCUAGCUUCUCUGCUCAGCUCCCACCAGAGUGCUCUCUCAGGCUCCUCUUGCCAAGACGGGCUGGACUCACAUGGCAGUGGUGGCCUCUUCUGGACCCUGAUCAUGGGAGAGAAUCCCCAAAAGGUGGACAGUGGAGAGAAAGGGAUGAAGAUCCCCACAGAGAGACCAAUCUAAAGAGAACGGGGAGCCAACAAGAAUAAACUGAAGGCCCCGUGAAUUUAUAUAUAUAUACAUAUAUAUAUAUAUAAAUAUCUAUUCCCCACCCCUGGCCCGCUCUGUCCUUGCUGUAACUGUUUCUAUCUCUGUGUUUAUAAAACGCAUUAUCCUGGCAAAUUUUUAUUUUCAAUCUUCGUUUGUUUUUCCCUCUCUCUUUGUCUUCUCUUCUCCUUCCCUUUUGGUUUGUUUAUUUGUUUGUUUUAAUUUUUUUUUCUUUUUUUUUUUUUGGUCCACAUGACUAUGGUCUUGUGUAUCACUUCUUAGUUUCUUUGGAUCGUGGAGGCUGACUCAAAUGAAAAGGCAAGGGAAAAAAGCAUGUGUUGGGAUUUUAAAAUACCCACUCAAAGCCUAUAGUUUCAGAUUUCUGUACGAACAAACAAAAGGAGCUUUUUUUUUUUUUUAAUCACCUUGUGUAGAAAUAAACUGGUGUAAAAGGC